UGUGAAAACAAAGUCGCAAAGUGUUCGUGAAGUGUGAUUUAUGUUGCUUAGCCCUGAUAACUAGAUCGUCUGUUCAUCUUGAAGUUCCUGAAGAGUACCAUGUGUAACAGCGAUUUUAUGGACGGCAUUUCGUUGAUUUACCUCGUGAGUACGCACUAUGAACCGCUGAUCUUCCGGCACAGAGGCAAUCGAAAGCACCCUGGAGUGGAAAUCGUGAUAUAGCAGUAGCGCACAGCCAAAAGCGAUUGAAAUGGUUGAGCUGAAAUUUUUAGUCCUUCUCUGUGUUUGUUCAGGGAUGACGUUCGCGUGGGCUCAGAAAGCACCAAAGCUGAGCCCUCUGCAACUACCCAAAGACCUUGUCGCUGGCACGGAUGUCCGCCUUACGUGCAGUGUAGUUGUUGGCGACACUCCCUUGGAAAUCCUGUGGUACCAGAAUGAGAAGCGCCUUACUUCUUUGUCUUCGGUUAAGGAAGAGACGGGCACACACUUGUCUACUUUGUCCUUUAAGCCACUCAGUGAGGACCACGGUGGAACAUACAAAUGCAUGGCUAGAAACGCUGCUGGUGUGGACAGUGCAUCGGUGGAGCUUGUCGUGAAUGUUGCGCCCCGAUGGAUGGUGGAACCAUCUGACGUGAAAGCUGCAGAAGGGAGCACAAUUAUUAUUCAUUGCCAUGUGAAAGCUACUCCUGCACCGCGGAUCGCAUGGGCGCAUGACAAUGGAGCAAGAGUCACUCAGUUACAGGUAGCUGGUGAAAACUCCGAUCGCCACAAACUGCUAUUAAAUGGCACGCUUUUAAUACGCGAUGUUCAAAAAUCCGACUCUGGGAUGUACACAUGCAACGCGAACAAUGGAAUCGGUUCAGGGCUGAAGAAGGCCGUGGCUGUUACCGUGUACACAGUAGCUCAAGCACAAGUUCUGAUGCAACAUCUCUCGGUGCAGUCUGGUCGUACUGCCAACCUCACUUGCAUUGCUACAGGCGAUCACCCAAUAGUGGUCACUUGGCUGAAGGGUGAUAAUUCAGUUACAGCGAACAGUCAACUUUACGACAGAGUCAUUGUAUCCAAUGACACUCAGAAAGAACGAUUGGUGUCUUCACUGAUACUAAAACAUGUGACAGCUGGUGAUGCAGGUCGUUACACAUGCAAAGUAAAGAAUGACUAUGCAGAAGACACCAAGGCUAUUCGACUAAAUGUCCAACAACCACCUUCUAAUCCCACCGAGGUUGAAGUAUCGGAUAUGUGGAGUCGUAGUGCCAGAAUCCGCUGGAAGAGCCCUUCAAGUUCAUCCGUUUUGUCAUACCAAGUGCGAUUUUGGUCGCACCGAGACGACGAAAUGUUGAACCAUACUGUCCGUGGUGGUGUCACCACGGCUCUUGUCCGAGAUCUCCAUCCUGCAACUGAAUAUAGAGUAGCUGUUGUAGCAGUGAAUUCAGCUGGUACAAGUGAAUCUUCCCCUGUAAUUCGAUUUAACACAACACAAGAAGAGCCAUCUGCUGCCCCUGUCAAUGUUCGUAUUGAAAAGUCAGGGGCAACUUUUGUACUCAUCACAUGGAGCCCUCCUCCGGAAAGCGAUUGGAAUGGAAAGCUUCUUGGCUAUUACGUAGGGUACAGCAGCACAUCAGAGUCCUCCAGGAAGAGCCCUUUUUCUUACCACACUGUUGGUCCAGACCAGGGCAGCUUUACGCUGCGAGGUCUUGCAAAGGCCACAUCUUAUGUGGUUGUGGUGAAAGCAUUUAACACAGUUGGAAGUGGUCCUCCAUCACCGCCAUUACCUGUGACCACCUUGGAUGGUGACUUUCCUCCAGCACCAAUGCUCAGUGUCUCUGCUGUUGAUCAGACGUCUGUGCAAGUCACCUGGAUGUUCAGUGUGCCUGUCCCACACAGGGUCACAGGUUACACACUGCACUAUCGACAGCCGGGCGAUUCCUGGAAAGAAGUAUUUGUAGCCUCAGGGAAGCAGUCCUCUUACCUUCUGUCAGGCCUUGAGCCUUCCCUGCCGUGCCAGGUGUAUUUGAUAGCCCAUAGCCGACAGGGCAACAGUGAGCCUAGUGAUGUGCUAAAUGUGCCGUUGACGGUGACAUCAGUUGCACAGCAACCAGGCUCGUCAUCAUCUUCAGACACUGAGCUACGAGAAGUGCUCUAUGUAGUUGUGCCCAUUGUGACGGCUACAGCGCUGGCUGUAGUUCUGGUAGUCUCUGUCUGCUUCUGCUUAUAUGUACGCAAGACCCGCCCACCGCCACCACCCCCUGCCUAUGCAGAUUUUCCCAGAGACUCAGACUUUACUUUUGCUGUUCAUGGCAUGCCUCCCCCUGGUAAGGCUACCCCUUACUCAACAAUGCAGAGGUCCACAGACAAUGAGGGCAUUUAUGAAUCCAUUGUCGACAUGCGGACCUUGUCUUUACGCCGGAAACAAGCUGCCCAGAAUUCCCUAAGGAAAGGGUCCAUGGACUUGGUUGACGUGUGUGUCGUGUGAACCAUCAAUAUCUGCGAGAAAUGUAUUGCAUAGACUAUGUCAGCGAAACUUGCUAUGUUCAAUUAUGUUCAAGCAGGCCAACAAUAUGCAGUCGACAACUUAUGUGAUGUGUUUUAUAGUGUAUGCUUCAAAUGUUAGUUUUAAAUGUCCAUGCUUCACAUACAAAGCAA